AGCAAGUCGGGCCAGCCAAACCUCGAGUCCAUCCAUUCCGUUGCUCUCAUUCUAUCCCCUCGUUCUGCUUCCCUCCUUCUCCUCCUCCACCCACCCACGCCUUCCCCUCUUCUUCCCCCGACUCAUCCAAUCUCCUUAACUCCGUCAAGAUGGGUGUCACCUUCGACAAGUGCGAGACCCGCCCGGCCAACAUUGACGCCAUCCUCAAUGGCCUCGACCGCUACAACCCCGAGACCACCACUGUCUUCCAGGACUAUGUCGCCCAGCAGUGCGAGGACCGCACCUUCGACUGCUACGCCAACCUGGCCUUGCUGAAGCUGUACCAGUUCAACCCCCACCUUCUCCAGGCCGAGACCGUCACCAACGUCCUCGUCAAGGCCCUGACUGUCUUCCCCUCUCCCGCCUUCUCCCUCUGCCUUGCUCUCCUCCCCGCCCACACUCAGCCCUUCCAGGCCUCCGACGCUGAGGCCCAGGCCGCGGCCCAGACCUCCGACUUCGUCGAGUCGAUCCAAAAGCUCGCCCGUCUCUCCACCCUCCUCGAGUCUGCUCAGUACACCCAGUUCUGGUCCACCUUGAACUCGGACGACCUGUACGCCGACCUUGUUGCCGACGUUGCCGGCUUCGAGGAGCUCGUGCGCAUCCGCAUUGCCGUCGAGGUCGGCAAGACCUUCCGUGAGAUCCCUGCCGAGGUUCUGGAGCAGUGGCUCGACCUGCGCAGCCGCGAGGCUCUCGAGAAGUUCGUUGCCGAGGUCUGCAGCUGGGAGGUUGACAAGUCUGGCGCCAACACCGUGAUCAAGGUGCCCACCAACAAGGAGAACGAGGCCCGCAGCGAGGUCAAGAGCGAGCGUGUCGGUGUUGACAUGUUCGGCCGUGUCAUCCGCCGGGGUUUCGAGCAGGCUGCAUGAGCGGAUCUCAACGAUAAAUAGAUAUCCGCAUUGCAACGCAGCCUUUCUCGUUCUAGAUUCCCUUUCUAUUCUUGCUAAUAUUUUGCCUUGAACGAAGAUCAGACCUUCCCUCAGGUCUCGAUCUCGGUCUGUCUUGUUU